AUGUCAAAAGAAAAAGAAAAGAAAGCCAACUCAUCCUCAUCUCCCGCCUCCCCUCACCAUGCACAGCCAAGCACGGCACUCAAUCCAGCACCGCCGGCCGUACGGAAAUUACCAAACCCCCCCCAAAAAGCACGGCAGGCUUGUGGUCCACAGCAGCGCCAUCGCUACCGUUUACCGGAUGACGACGCUACGAGGGUAGUAGAGUUGGGACCGCCGGAGAGAGACGGACUCCUGUCAGCGACGCCUGUCAUUGACGCCACGGCGUUGUUCUUGCCGCGGGCCGGUUUGCGCCGUGUCUUGUGCCCCUGA